CUAAAUUACCUUAUUUAACUUUAUCUUUUCCUCUGCUUUUCUCUCUCCUCCGGUAAGUGAUAUCCGCCGCUGCCUCCAGCUCGGCCUCCGGUAAGCCUCCUUUCAUCCAGUCGCUGGCGCCGCCGCCAAAGCUGCUAUGGCAGCGAGUUGGUUGUUGGUGUUGACAAGUCUGUGUUGUUGUAAUUUACUUUCGUUGCUGACGGAACGCCGCCGUCACUUCUUUUCCCCGGAGUCCGUUGUUACUGCCGCCGGUUGUGUUGCUGGUUGUUGCUGAUUGUUACCACCCCAAUAUCAGAUUGUUGAUAUUUUUACAAUAUUCUUCUAUCAAGCGGCUGCCUCAUCCAUUGGCCAAUUUAGGUUAACCUAAAUUUUAUGCAAUGGCAAAUUGGAGUGAACUCCCUCAAGAACUCGUGAGAAAAGUUGCAACUCAGCACAUAGAAAAUGUGGAAGAUUUUGAAGAAAUUGGAAAAGUUUGUUCUGAUUGGAGAUCUGCAACAAAGGAUGUCAACUUGUGUCCUUCAAAAAACACCCAACUUCCUUGGUUGAUGCUAGUUGACCCUCCUAACAGUCCACACCGCAGAUUUUACAGCCUCUCAAAACACAUGUUUCAAAAAAUCAAUUUGCCCCAACAUGACGAUGACGAUGACGAUGACGAUGACGAUGACCAUGUGAGGUAUUUCUCUUCGAAAGGUUGGCUUAUUUCUUUGAGUAUGAAAAACCGUAAUAUCACCCUUUUCGAUCCCGCCUCCGGCAAAUUAAUCAAGCUACCAAGUGUUCCACUCAAUAUGCUAUGGUACGGCGAUUGGUAUGAUGACAGUUACUUAGGGCACUUUUCCAAAUUUAUUCUAUCGGGAAUACCGUCCUCUUGUGAUGACGAUUUUACGGUGGCAAUGAUGUUCGACGGGAACCAACAAUUGGCCUUUUGGAGACCCGGGGAACAAAAGUGGACUAAACCCGUGGUUGAUUUUGACAUUAAUUGGAUGUUGGAUACCUGUUUUUUUUAUGGAGAAUUUUAUGCCAUUGAUCAUUUUGGAAAGGUCAUGGCUUUUGGAAGUCAGAUCUCAAACCGCCAACCGCGAAUCGUUGUAGACUUAAUAGAUCAAGGUGUUCUAUUCAAACAAACUAAUGGCAUGUUUUACCUAGUCCAAGUGGAAAGCAAAUUAUUGGUGGUACAUAGGCAUCAUUUGUUACUUGAUAAUCAUGAGAGAAAUCCGGAGAACACAAAUGAGGUGUGUUGGACUAUAUGUUUUGAGGUUUUUGAGUUGAAUGUUGACAAUGGCAAACUCAAAUCAGUUGAGGGUGUCGGCAAUCAAGCUAUUUUUAUAGGUCUAAACUCUACUUUUUCAGUUGAAGCAUCGUCGGGUAAACGUGGUUGUAAACCUAAUUGUAUUUAUUUUAUCGAUGAUAAUACUGAGUAUUUUCAAGAAGAUGCUGUUCUUAUGGGAGGAGGAAUCGAUAUGGGAAUUUACAGCUUAGAUGAAGGAAAACUCAUUGAACGAUUUUAUGAAGGUCCGUCACAGUUUUGUUUCACCACUCCACCUAUAUGGGUGGAACGACGUGGGAACAUCUAAGGUGCGCCCAACACAUGCUUAAUUAUAAAUGGAGACAUUGUUGUUAGAUUCAUUUGUCUAUUAAUGUAGUUUGUUAUUAAUCAAGAGAAUUCAAAUUAUGAAUUAUGCAAAAUAAAAUUUGACUUGUUUUGUUACUCUCGUAUCGAGAAAUCAAUUCAGCUA